AUGCACAAAUAAUUAGAGUUAAAUGUAUUAGAGAACAGCAAGAAGUUCAAAAUCAAAACUGAGCGCAGCACAUAAAUUGCAUCUCCCAAUAACAAGGACAUUGAUGGAUAGGAAGAUAUUGUUAAGAAAUUGUCGGAUAGUCAUAAGUUGCAAUAAAAAGAGAUUGAUAAAUUAUAGGUCACCAUUGAGAAUAAGGAGGAUCAAAUAAGGAAAUUGUCGGAUUUGGUUAAAUUGCAACAAAAAGAGAUUGAUCGCUUGACUCAUAUCAACGAAUACCUUGUGCAGGCCAAUUAAGCCAAAUUAAGCAUAUUGAGAGAUGAAAGGCAAUUGAAUCAAGGGAGCAAGCCAAACCAAAAAUUCAAGUCUCAUAAAUCGUUAUUACCAAUAGAUAAAAAGAGUAAUAAAAUUUCAGAGGACGGAAACACUCAAUCAGUAAAACUCUUCAGGAGACAAACGUUUCGGAAUCCAACCCUGGUGAGGUUUCAUCAGGAAGAUGUAGAUGCAUUCAAAAGUGACAGGAAUGCAUCUGGGGCCUCUAAUUUUUACGAUAUUUUGUAAUAAGAGGAUUGCUUCAGAACCAACGCAAUCUUGAAUAUCCAAUUAUCUGAUGAAGAUGCAACUACUUAAUACAAUGUUGAUGGAACAGUCUCUUUGAUGAAAGCUCUUUUGGAAUCUGAAGAAAACUUCUGUGAGAUAAUCCAAUCUAUCUCAGCAUAAAAAUUAUCAUUUUUGUAUGACAAAUUCAAAAGAGUAAUGUCAGAUCAUUAACAAUUGUUUAUUUUAGUCUUAAGACUCAAAAAAAUAGUUACAGGGGCUUUGCAAAUGAAUUCCUCUGUCCUGUUAGAUGAUGCAUUACAAACAAUCAUCGACUAAUGCGUUGAUUGUCUAGAAUGCGAUCGAGCCUCUUGUUUUAUAGUUGAUUAAGCAAAAAAGGAACUAUGGACCAGAGUUGCUAAAGGCACACAAACGACUAUCCGACUUCAAAUUGGAUAAGGACUUGCAGGAUUUGUUGCUUAGAAUCGAAUAAUUUUGAAUAUCGAAGACGCUUAUAGAGAUUAGAGAUUCAAUACCUAAUAGGAUGUCAAAAACAAUUAUAAGACUAAGACAGUGUUGGUAUCUCCUAUAUUGGAUGGGGAUAAAUGCAUGGGGGUUUUACAAUGUGUCAAUAAAUCAAAUGGAUAUUUUACUAAAGAUGAUGAGGCUCUAUUGUAGAUUAUGGGAGAGUUCAGCAAAAGUGUCUUAAAGAAUGCCAUGAAUCAUGAUGCCUAGAUGCUUAUCUAAAAUAAACUCAGACAUAUCAUCAAAACAGGCAUCGUUCUUUAGAGUAAACAACACAAUCUUAUUGAAUUGAUUCUCUCUUCAGAGGAAAGAUUAAGAUCCUUGAUGAAUGUGGAUUUGGCCAAGGUUGUGUAUUAUAAUCAGGUUCUCUCUCAUAUCGAUAGGGAAGGCAAACUAAGCUAAACUGAUACUUUGUUAGGCAUCAUGGGUCUGUGCAUAAAGGAUCAAUAAUUGAUGGCAGUGAGCAAUUGUUACACUAGUCCCAUCUUUAAUCCUAAUAUCGACAUUGAAACAAACAUGCCGAUUAUUUGUAUGCCUUUAAAAACACAAAAUCAUUAAAUCAUUGGUGCCAUUUAAGUAAUUAAUGUCAAAGGUAUUGGUAACAUUUCUUCGAACAGUGAAGCCAAGAUAAAUUCUAUAGAUUUAGAUAUGUUGGAACUCUUUUGUUAGUAAUGUUCUUAAUGUUUGCAAUAAUGUAAACAAUCAACUUAAUAAUGA